CCGAGAUCUCACUGGAUAGAAAAAUAUCCACCGACUGAACCUCAGGGGAUGCAGCUGGUUAUUACAGUCUGGAUUGUUGACAUGGCAGUAGACGCGGCCUCCAGUUUUACUUUCUGUCGUCCUGCGGUGGAGUACAGGGCUCUUCCAGAGGACUUUAAGUACCAGCUGAGUCGUUGUGCAGGUGGAAACCUUACCUGGCAUGAAGGGCACAGCCGCAAAACAGCCGGCGGCCGAACGGUCAAACUACUCCAACAGCCUGGAACCGAAGGACUGCAGUUACGUUCAGGUGAAUCGUACUCUGUUUACCACACCAGCCCAACCUUGCCGUGUCUCUCCAGGCCAGUGGUUUUGUGGUCUCAGCAGGAUGUGUGCAGAUGGCUGAAGAAACACUGUCCACACAACUACUUGACCUACGUUGAAGCCUUCUCCCACCACGCCAUUACAGGUCGUGCUCUCCUGAGAUUGAAUGGCGAGAAGUUAGAGCGGAUGGGUUUGGUUCAGGAGACUCUGAGACAAGAGCUUCUCCAGCAGGUUCUACAACUACAAGUACAAGAGGAAGGGCGUAACUUACAGCUGCUGAGCAGAGGGUUAUCCGGAAACCUGUCAUAGCUUCAACCAUGCGUGGGGCAGUUCUACCAGACUGCCUGCACUCUGAAGGGACAUCAGUGUGUCUGGUCCGACUGAGGCCAGAGACAUUUGACUGGAGCUGUCAUGGACUGGGACACAGGGACAGGUUUCAGUUAUACAGUUCAACCCCCACAUUCUCACUACGCUUAAAGAAAACUCAUACCAGAUGAGACCUACAAAAGGAGCUUUUCAUGUGCACUCAUGAUUUAUCUACCCCAAAUCUACUUCGAAAUGCAAACAUAAAAUGCAGAGGAAUCUCGAAUCUUCAUAUCUGAUAAAGGAGGACCCAGCUGGCUGUACCAAAGCUCCUUGGAUUUUGUAAAAACUCAGAUCCACUUUAAAGUCUACAAGACCUUCUACAAUGAUGUCUGGUAAUACUGUCAGAACUUGCUAUAUUAUGAACUUUGCCCACAGAAACAGGCUUGCUAACUAUUUUCUGCUGGAAUGUGACCUUGCCAGACGUGCCCGUCAAGAUUGUGGCACUAUGUAAGCAAAAUGUGUCCGGUUCCUGCAGGUGUUCCAGGAAUCAUUUGACAUUAGAGAUGAACCUAAAUAAUUUAAACCUGCAUUUGUACUGUGAACCCAACUGGACAGCCUGUUUUAGUGGGUUGUAUUUUUUCUUCUGAAAACUUAGUUUGUUUUUGUCUUCAGAUGAUUCUGUUCUAGGAACGAAAAGAUAAAAAACUAGUUCCCCAUGUGACAAUGACGACAGCAUUUACAGUGAAAUGAUAAGUAUCUUUGGUCACAAAAGGCUGUGUUUAUGUUGUGUAAAUUACAAAGCUCUGUAAGUGUCUGAGAACUGCAGAUGACAGAUGGAAAAAAAUAAAACAAUGACGUGCUGCAUUGUAGCCUAAAAAAGACCCAAGUGUGGACCUGCCCAAAAGACCAUU